UAUACAGAUGGCAAUAAUGGGUGGAUUAUGCGUGGCGCUACUAGCGCUCUGUAUUGUUUUGUUAUAAGCCAGUCGCGAACGGGACGAUAAAUAUCUUUAUGAAUUUACGUUAGAGAACGUUAAUUUUUUAUAAUACUUCAGUUUAAAUAUUGUUUUAUCGGAUAAGUUAUAUAAUUAGACAGCUCUGACUAUGUCAAUGAGACCCGACGAUCACAGAAGAAAAUGGAACAGAGAAGAGUACGAACGAAUAGCUCUUCAGCGGCUCCAGGAUGAAAUUGCUGAAGAGGAAUUAGGUAUUCCGAAGCAGCCAGCAGUAAAGAGAGAAUUACUUAAACAAAGGGAUUAUAAGGUCGACUUAGAAUCUAAAUUGGGAAAAAGUGUAGUUAUUAAUAAAAAUACUCCAUCUUCGCAAACAGGAGGUUAUUAUUGUAAUGUGUGCGAUUGCGUUGUCAAGGACUCGAUCAAUUUUCUCGAUCAUAUUAAUGGAACGAAACAUCAGCGUAAUUUGGGUAUGUCAAUGAAGAUAGAACGCUCUACGUUGGAACAAGUUAAAGCUAGAUUUGCUCUUAAUAAAAAGAAAUUAGAGGAGAAGAAAAAAGAUUAUGAUUUAGAGCAAAGAGUGAAAGAAUUAAAAGAAGAGGAAGAAAAAAUUAAAGAAUAUAGAAAAGAAAAGAGAAAAGAUAAAAAGAGGAAAUUAGACGAAGUCGACGAGGAAGAUGCUGGACCGUCGGAUGAUAUGGCUGCUAUUAUGGGCUUUUCUGGUUUUGGCUCGAAAAAAAAGUGAUCAUGACUUUGGCACAGACAUUCGUGAAAAAAUGUCUUAGUAUAGGUUACUUUGUUAUGUAUCAUUAAGCGUUGCAGCAAUUGUGCGCACCAUCAGAAUAAUUAUUUAUUUUAAUAUGACUGAAAUAAUAACCAAUUAAAAUCUGGUCAUUAUAUCAAGUUUUAAUUCAAUCGUUAGUAAAUUUUGUAUACGAAAUGAGACAAACAUAUCGAUUAAAUUUUAAAAAAGAAAAAGAAAGGAAAACUGUUAAUAUAUGAAAUGAAUGGAUCUAAGCAGGACUGAUUCGUUCCUAUCGGACGAAGUCGUAAGAGAAAAAGGGAGGGGACCCCUUAUAUACAGAUUAUUUCUGAAAAUGUGAGCAUAAACUUCGGAGAUAGAUUUAAUACGCUAAAAUAAGAAAUGAAGUUCACAUGAACAUAUGCCGUGUAAUAAGGAACAGAGAACAAAUCUCCUUGUACAUAUAAUGUAUACAUAUAUAUAUAUAUAUAUAUAUAAGGGUAUUUAUACUGUUCUUAUAAGGAUUAUAUUUUAUGGAAUAUAACUGCCUUGAGUUUCUGCAAAUAAGAGUCGAUUAUUUUAUUAAUAUUAUUUACACUAACUUACAUUAUCUGGAUUGCUUUACAUUGUCUAAUACAAAUUACACCUAAAACUACACUAUGUACAUUAGUUACAUUACCUGCAAAUAAGAGAAACAACAUUUACAGCUAAUAUUCACUCUUGUUUUACGAUCUUAUUAUACUGGUUUUACAAUUCGAAUUCUAACUGUCUUUGCUUAGCCAACUCCUAACCGUUUCUAUCUUCUGUCGCGUUAUCAGCGUUACCGAGUCUCUCUAAAUCUAAUACGCCUGCGCGUCAUAAUUGUAACAGCAGCCGAUUUAAAUAAUAGCUAACGGGGUGACGAAAUAUAAAUAGUAAUAUUUCGUUACAUAUAUAUAUAUACAAUUUAUAAUUACUCGGCUGAAAUAAUUUAAUAUCGAGAUUAUACCACAUUCCCUAACCGUAACUAUCCGUUUGACGAUCGGUAAUGUCAGAAACGCAGGAAAUGGAGAUGUUUAAAAUGAAAAACAAUAUAAAUUGAAAGUACGUUACGAUAAAAAUGAAAAGGAUAUACGCUUCGAGUUUCUUUCUUCCUUUCUCUCUUUAAUAAUCUCCCUACGAAGGCGAUAGCAUCUGUACAAGUUUAAAAGAGAGGCCUCUUAGGAGCUAAGGAGGAAAAGAGAUAGCGAGAGGAGAAGUGGGAGGGAAAAGAUUCUCUCUCGGGAAAGGUACUCACAGAGAAGAUUCUUCUUUUUAGUCUUCGAAGAGCAUUGCGCGCCGAAAGAUCACCAUCACCUCUAUAAAUUCCUAUAUUUAAUAGCGAUUGCGUAGGCGUAGACGUGUUAGAAUAUUAAGGAGCUUAUGUCGGUAGGGCUUUACGACUUUAAUCGCGCACUUUUUGCGCCUUUUUUUGGUCCCUUUGAAAAUCGCAGUAGUAUCGUCACGUUACUCGAUUUCGAUCGAUCGAAUAAACAGAAGUGCAUCGUUUUCGCGUCACGCGAAGUGAGAUUCUAACUUUUAAUUUGUAAUUACAACUUUUACUUUGCAUUUUUAAUGGAAAUAAGAUUUCUCUCUCUUGUUAUUUUUAUGAUUAUAACAAAUGUACAAUAAACAAUCAAUAUUGGCGUAUUGUACGCGUU